UUUAUUUGUCGACAUCUUAAAACUAAUAUUUAAUAAUUUAAUAUUUCAAUUAGUCCUGUGUUUAUGGUUUGGGCCCAAAUCCUUGCAAAACUGCUGGGAUCCCUUUUACUGCUCUUUAUUUGAUUAGAUGGUUGAUAAGAUCAAGAACAAGGUAGAAACUACAGCUGUUAUCUCUCAGCAUGUUGCCAUGCUUAUUGGGAACAUGUGGCUGACUUUAGCUUAAAACACAGUCGCAUUGCUUCUAGCAUAGCUGCAUAUUUUUAGGUUUGCUUUGAAUCAGCAUGAGAGGAUGAUUAAGAGCUCAUCAUUUUCAUCUCAUAAUCAGUUCAAGCAGUCACGUAUUGCGAUUUUGAUCAAAGGAAAUUUCAUAUGACACAAAAUCUAAUUAGUAUUUCAGAAAAUUCAUUCAUGUUUUCAUACAAUAGGCUAAAGGCAAUAUCACCUUUUGGGUUAUGUUCUCCUUUUGAAGCCUAUUUUGUAGCAUUAUGGCCAUUGCCAUCUUGGAUUUUUGGAACCAAAAAUAAAUAUAUGUGAAUCAGAAAGUGGAAUACUAAGUUACUGGUUAAUGCUUGGCAACUGCUAUCUGUUAAUUAAUGCUAAACAACAUACAUGUAAACUGCUAGAAUUUAACACACUAAAACUGAAGAAACAGCUUCCUGGAUGUUGCUGAGGUGGCACUGCAGACUAUUUAAAACAUGGACGAAGUUGCAUUGAUAACAUCUAUUGGUUUGUAAAGUCCUAUUUUGCCAGCGCAUGCUCAUAUAGUAGUCACUUGCCAAUCAAAUCCAUCAAGAUGAGCAUCAUAGCGUACUAUGCCAAACUCAUUAGGAAAGUGAUUACUGGGCUGAGGGCAAUUUUCCAUAGGAGUCUAUGCAUGCAGACUUCUUUGUGCAACUAGUGGUCAUCAGAGAUAAUCCAGGUUUAAAAGACUUUCACACUGAUUUCACACAAGAAAUCAGUCAUUACAGUUGACAUAAAGGUGGAAAAUUAGCUAUGGAGACUAAAUGAAAUUUCUGCUGUGUAGCUUGUUUUAACAUGGAAGUCCAUGUAGAUUGGUUCUUUCUUCCUCUUUCAGUUUUUAAAAACUUGCCAUUCAAGGAAUUGCAAUUCAUGCCACUCCUGUAUUUGCUUAAUUUUCAGCUAUGUGGAGUAACUGAUUUAUACAGAUAUGGUCCGAUACAGUUCAUUUGCCAUGUCUAAGUCGGCGGUGAAGAAGCUGCACUGGCGUUCAAAGGUGCUAGACAGCUUUGUACCUCUGCAAGGUUCGUCGGGUGAGCUGGGGAUCGCCAUCGGGGGAGGAGCAGAUUAUGGAGAGUUUCCCUUUGUCACGUCAGCCCCGGGUGGUGGCCUCACUGUGGGUGACAUCAUCCUAGAGAUUGGGGGAACACCAGUUUUAGGGAUGACAUUAGGAGAUGUCCGUGGUAUCCUCAACUCUUGCCCCCAUCCUAUCCGCAUCAAAACUGUGUCACCAGGCCCCACAUUGUGUAAGGACCUCAGGUUGUAUCUGAGUAAGUGCUUCACACCCGGAUCAGUGGACAGCCAACUUCAGCAGGUCAUCAGAGAGAACCUCUACCUCCGUGCUGUACCUUGUACAACCAGACAGCCCAGAGAGGGGGAAAUCUCAGGGGUAGACUACAACUUUGUCUCUAUUGAGGAGUUUUUCUCUUUGGACGAAUCAGGAGCGCUGCUCGAGAGUGGAAAGUUCAAAGGGAAUUACUACGGCACACCUCGGCCCGUUCACGUUAGUGCAGAGAGCCCCCCCAUCACCUACCAGGAACACCGCAACCUGCUCAGAAACUUCCGCACACGCAGCAAAUCGCUCAGCAACUUGGAAAAGGCUGCACCAGAAGGCAUACACAACGAGGGAGACUCGGGAGGCUCUGCGGGUGUUAGCAGCAGCAUCCCUCUUGGUCACCGGUCUCCCGGUCGCACACGAGCAUCCAGUAGCGGAGGCGAUGGUCACGUCAUAGAAAACGGCAUCAUCAGCAGCAGGAGUGGUGCCAGAGUGAGAGGCGUGAUGCCCGAUCACUGGGAGCAGGCCUUCAGUGACCCAGGAGAGUCAGUUUACAUAGAACGCAACCCAAAGAGGACCAGCUGGCAGAGUCAUCGAGCCUCAAGCAGGGAAAACCUCUACAAAAACGACUGGUUCACGGACGAGCCUGGGGACCUCAGGGGUUUCCCUGUGCACACACACUUGAUCAAAGGCCCCAGAGGGUUUGGUUUCAAUAUUGUGGGGGGAAGCAGGCCGAGAGAGUUUCUGCAGGUGUACAGUGUGACAGAAAGUGGACCCUCCACUCUUAAGACAGCGGACAUCCUGGUGUACAUCAAUGACGUCUGUGUGUUGGGAAUGUCUCACAAAGAGGUUGUAGAGAUGCUCAAGGUGGUGUCUGUAGGCCACAGCGUGGAUGUAGAAGUUAGAAGAGGGUAUCCAAUGCUCUACAACCCGGAUGGUUAUCCAAAGCACUCGAGGUUACUGGACAGUGUGGACCCCAUCCUACCACCCACCACCACCCAACCUCAAUCUCUUCACCAACUACCUCGCCUACCAGCACCCUCACCCCACACGCAGCACUUUAAUGGGGUUCACGGUGAUGGGAGGUACAUGGAGCCUGGCGUGACUCUGGACACAAAUGGAAAUGCCAUGUCUGUCACCUCCAGACACCUGCCCCCUUACAGACGCUCCAGUGUGAGCAAUGCCGUCUCUUCGUCCCCUGUUCGCCCACCUCGCUCCCACAGAAGUUUAGCCAGGCUGCAGUCACUCGACCCAACAAUGGCAAGCCAAAGUGACAGUGAAGUUGUUUCUGCGAUUGGUUCACACAGGGCAUCAAUGAUCCGUAAUCACAACAAUAACUCACUCGCGACACCUCGUCAUCCUUUACUUUAUGGAACAUCCAAGUCGUCUGAGAGUGACCUGUCCACCCUAUCGGGGUCCCGGCUACCCCUGCCUCAGUCUCCAGGAAGGCCCUCCUCUUCCCCCGGUGGUCCCCGCAGCACUCAUCCCCACCUAUUCAGACCACAGACCUCCCAUCUCAGACCUCCAACCCCAGACAGCCCGCAACACCGUGGCUUUAAUGGUUUCCAGGGCAACACCAGCCCCACUGCAAGUCCCAGCAGCAUGUCCUCACCUGGGGCAAUGAGUGUAGGCAGUGGACUUGGAGCUUUCAGUGGAGGGGAGCUGGUGCCAGUGGCCUUGGGCCAGACUGAAGGAGACAGAGGCCUGGGCUUCAGCAUGACGGCUGGCGGUCCAGGAGGCACUAUUGCUUUAGUAAAUCGAGUUUGGGACAGGAAGCAGUGCAACUCCCUGCAGCCAGGGGACGCUGUUGUCAAAAUCAACGGAGCUGACGUCCAGAGCCUUAGCUUUACACAGGUACAAACAAUUAUCCAGGAGCACGCCAAACGGGGAGAAGUCAUCUUACUGGUUUACAGAGGAGGAGUCUAUCAUUCAGCUGUCUCCCCUGGAACUAUCCGGAGACUCCCUCCACCUCUGCUCCGUCCCCCUCCUCCACCUGACAAUUCCUCUGUGCUCCCAGAGGCACUGCAAGUGCCCCGGACCUCUGUCGGCACACCUCCCUCUCCAGCACGUUCCUCGCUAAUCCAGAGCACGAGUUUCUUGGAAUCCAUUCCAGUAACCCUCACUAUGGAGCCCAAAGACUGGAUUAACACGGGCCUGGAGGAUGAAGCUGCUGGCGUUCCAGUGCUGGAGAAGCAGGGCGGUGAACGAACUCGGCGGCAUCGAGGAAUUGAAGUGGAGCUGAGGAGAAAGCCAGGAGAAGGCUUUGGCUUUGUGAUUGCCUCACAGGACGUGGAGAAUGGGAAAGCUGCUUCUCUUCUGCCCCACCGGUUUGUGACGGUCCGUCGUGGCAGUCCUGCGGCAAAGAGCGGUCAGAUCCGGCCCGGGGAUCGUUUAGAGGCUGUAGAGGGACGCUCGGUGGUGACUCUGCCUCAUCGGGAGCUCGCUCAGAUACUUCGCCGGGCAGGAAAUACUCUACGUCUUACCAUUGUCCCGCGUUCCAGCACCUACUCUGCAAACCUUCCGGAAACUGCUGACUAUGACUCUGGUCACAGAAACCGAAAGGGACAGAGGUCACGUCCAAAGCGGGACUCCAGGUAUUACAGUGUGGAUCUGGAUCGCGGCCCCUCAGGAUUCGGCUUCAGCCUCCGAGGAGGAAGUGAGUACAACAUGGGCCUCUACGUUCUGGGACUGAUGGAGGGAGGGCCUGCAUCACGGAGCCAAAAAAUGCAGGUGAGCGAUCAGCUUGUGGAGAUAAACGGGAACAGUACAGCCGGGAUGACCCACAGCCAGGCUGUCGAGCAGAUCCGCAGAGGAGGCCACCGCAUCCACCUGGUCCUCAAGAGAGGAAAUGGCUAUGUGCCUGAUUAUGGCCAUGAGCACCAAAUCACCUCCUCCCCCCUCCUGCAUCACCCCAAGAAGCAGGGUUUGGCUGCAGUAAACUCCACCGGACGGAGGGGGCGCAGUUCACAAGAGAAGAGGAGAAGCAGGUCAAGGGGAGGCGAGAGGGAUAAAGGGACGGGAAGGAGAAGUAGAAGGAGAAGAAGACAUGUCUCAGGUGAAGGACAACGCUUGCGUUUACAAAGCCCCAUGUCUGAUCAGACAGAGAGGUUGAGGAGAGCCAGGGACAGGAGGAGGAGAGAAAAAGCUUCUCAGAGUUUACCUAGAGAUGCCCUAAGGAACUAUGAUGAUAGUGACAUGGAAACGAGGGCAGAGAGGGGAAGGAAAAGAGGAAAAGGCAGGAGCAGAGAGAGGAAAAGCAGGAGCGAAGAGAGGGAGAGGAUGUUAGAGAGAGAAGAGUUUAUGAAUCGGGACAAGCUGAUGAGGGUGGGAGAAAGGAGGAAGGAGGUGGUGGAAACGUUUGAAAGUGAGAGCGAAGACGGUGACAGGGAAGUCAUUUUACCAAUUCCAAGUCUUACCCAAAGGCUUCCCAGGCCCAAAGAAAUCUGGGAGGAGGAGAGCGAUGACGACUGGGGUAUGGCAGCAGAGUACAGAGAACUGAGGAAAGAAGAGAAGCCAGAGACUGAGUGGGAGAGGUCCUGGGGUGAUGACAGCAGAAAAAGUAAAGACACGGGGCUGAAUCGGUGUGAAAAAGAGGACAAUGAUGAACAGAGCAGCAGCGUCAAGCGGCCUUUACGAAGCGUGGGUGUGAUUGAUCCGGAGUCACAGAGAAAGCCCUUCUCCUUCCUCGCUUCCACACUGUCCAUAGAUCAGUUGGGGGAUGAUGAGUCAGACUCUGAAGGCAGCCACUCUGAUGGAAGUGUGUCCGCUGCCAGUAUCUCAACUCUUUCUUUGGUCACAACACAGCCAGGUCCUUGGUUCAUGCCCAGCCAGCAGAGACUGACUCAGGUCAUGAAGGAGAACAGGCAGGCGGACAGGGUGUGGGGGAAGAAGAAAUGAUUUCUCUUGACUUUUAACAGGAAACUGAGCAACCAUUGUAACAGAUUCUGUCAGAUUCACACUGUUAGACCUCUACUUGUUUUCUGCAGCUACCCCCACUACCAACUUCUUUUCUCUGAGUCACUUUGAUAUUUAAAGUAGUAUGAAGUCAUAUUCUUUGUGCCUUUUUACAGCUGGUCUCUGGCUGUUAAUAUUUUAACAUGUAAAUGACACCAACAAAACAAGAUUAUCCCUCUCCCAACAGUGUCAUUGUCUUUUUUUUCCUCCCCUUCGGCACUGUUGCCCUACUUAAGUUGCACUUUCGUCUUUUCUCACCUACCAGUGAUUCACACUACAUUAGCAGUGUCCUCUCUCAAAGGGACAGUUCACCCGAAAAUCAAUUUUGGCAUUUAUUUCCUCCGGUUUGUAGUGCUUUUUGUCCAUCUAGAUUAUUUUAGUGAUAUCUAUUUCUGGUUGGUCUUCUUUCAAAUGUGUAUAUAUAGAACUAAAUGGCACUCGUGUUUUUGAAAAACUCAGCAGCAGGGUCUCUUUUGAGAAAUCGAUACCCAGCUACUAAGAAAGAAAAUGUUGGUGUAAGCAGUUUUCAUGUAGGAAAUGUUUUCUUUCUACAGUGCUGCACUAACCAACCAUAUCACUGUGUAGAAGGAGCGAGCAGCUACCUGUAACAAGAAGCUUGUCCAUGUGACAGAGUGCAAAUGUUAAAUUGUAUCCCCCUUCACUUGAGUUUUAGUGUUAGGUAGCUACAUUUUUGUUUUGCAUGGUAGAUGUAGUUCAGUAGAAGCAAAGUAGUUUCAAGUUCUUGAAUAAUCAGGCUUAAAAACCUCUUAGUAUCGUUUUAUUCCAACAAAGCACUACGCUGUUAGAUUGCAGGAUUACUUGUGGUUCUUCUAAAAGUAGAAUGGGAGGCACUUUUUCACUUCUUUCCACCAUCACCAGCUGCUUGCUCAUAGAGGAUCACCAGCUUUCUUUCUUAGUAUUGUGAGCAUCUCAGCUUACAGCGCCUUGAGGCAUUUGUUGUUAUGGAUUCUGGAAACAGACACUGCUGCUGAUUUAUCAGCAUAAAUAGCACUGCAGGCCAGAGGAAAAACAAUACAUUUGAUUUUCAGUCAAGCUGUCCCUUUAAGUAUCCCCUACUGUUUAAACACAACAUAGAAAUUCACUUAUACCUCAUGAAGAUAUUGAGCAAUAAUAAUGCAAUCAGUAAUCCAUAUCCACGCGCCGCAUCUAUCUGGCCUGAGAGGAGUCAGUGUUUGUACAGCAUCCUCUUUGUGUUGCCUCAACUUGUAAUCUUGUUCUAUAUUUGAUUGUGAUAAUGCAAAUCCCUUUUAAAAGCCAACGGUAUAUUCUGUAAAUAUCUGUAGACAACAGAAAGCACUGUAAAUACUAUACUAAAUGGAACUGGAUUUAUAUUGAAAUAUAUAUAUAUAUAUAUAUUAUAAUAUGUCUAAACAUUUGAAUAUAUGCAGUAUAUAUCUAGAUAUUACAAACAACAGCUAACUAUUCAUAUUAUUUAUUAUUGUGUGAUGACAAAUAAUGUGAGAACUAGCUUUUGUGAAGGCUAAAAAUGUAAACAGACUAAGAACUAUAUUGUAGCCGUCCUAUUUAUACAUGAAUGUUUUGUAUUAUGCUGCUUGGGUGUGGAUUAGAAUGCUCUGUGUCGUACCCUACUUCAGAAGUCAGCAAAAGAUGCCAAAAUAUGCAUCAGGUGCGUGCAUAUUUCAAGUACUGUUAAAUAUUGUGUAUGUGGGGUCAGUACAAAACCACUAUCUAGAUUCUAAAGAGUGCUGUGCCCAUCGUGCCACGUACAGUUGCCUUGGUAACAUAAACCACUUUAUCCUAACCACUGAUUUUUCUUACUGUGAAAACCUUUGCUCUGAGGUCUCUCAUACUAGAAGUGUGUGGGCUGUUUAGUAAUUUAAGUCAUGCCAAAAAAAGGCCCCACAAAAAUAUAUUAAAAAAAAAAAAAAUCUGCAGAAUCUGAGCUCGGUGUUGCAUCUGAGGUGACAAAUUAGCACAUCGUUUUCUUUUGCUCUCUUUCUUUUUUUUAAAUAUUCUGUUGAAGGGGAAAAAACAGAAGCCAAGUUGAAUGGAUACUGUGAGAUGUUAUUUUUCUAUGAAAUUAUCUUUUUUGAUAUACUCAGGUUUUCUUGAUAAGCCAUUAGGAGGAAAAGCUACAGUCACUUCACGCCAUUUUCGUAAACACACACAAUGGAUUAAUGUUAUUUAAAUGUUAAAGCAAUAUUACGUUGGUUCUCUACGGUGGCAUUUGGAGACACAGACUGUUACAGCUGUUAUUUGUUAGCACUCCAUAAUCAUUUAAAGGUUGAUGCCAUAAGUGACGUCAUUCCUCCAUUUGUACCCAGAGGAACAAAGCAGAGAAAUAAAAAGCGUGGUGUUCCCUGUCUGUUUGCAGAAAGACAUUACAGCAGCCAAACGGACAUACUGUAUUCUCCAUCCAACGGCCAUACAGUGUUGCUAGGUAGCCUAUAUAUAAGACCUUUUUAUAUAUAUAUAUAAAUGUUUGCCAAUAUUCUUUUUUUUUUUUUUUUUUCAUUUCCUAAGUAUGGCUGAACUGUAAACACACUAAUAAAAGUGCAAAUAAACUGCUGAACCAAUUUCCUCUGUGGUCAUGAUGGUGUUCCUUUCCUCGGUCCACAUAAUGGACAGCAGAUGGCAGCAAAAACAUAGACAGCAGUAUAUUUAUGUGAAGUGGGAUUUCACAAGAUGAAGGUGUGUGUGUGAAUGAGAGAGAAGGGGAAAUGCAGCCUGAUACUCAGAUGCAAUAUGUGGGUGAGAUGUCUGUUAAUAAAUCAGAUGUAAGCUCUUUAACUAGUGGUGAAUGAGAGCCACGAAGAGGCUGAAAUCUCAGCAUUUCCAGCAGAUCAAUCAUUCAUCUAGCCUUGCUAGAGCAUGCAUUUUGCAUACAGCCUCACUCCUCAGUGGAGUAUUAACUGUACAGUGAGGCAACCUCACCUGUCCAAGCUGCUGUGCAGGGAGAGAAGCGGGUGAAUUUACAGAGUCUUAGCGUAGAUAUGAGCACUUAAGCACUGACACUAAAAAUAACAGCGCUCUGAGGCCUGUCUUUCUCUCGUGUUGUCCUAAGCCGCAUCCUUCUGUUCAAAUCAGCUCAGAUGCAAAAUGGAAAAAAGAAAAGGAAAAAAACGACAGUAAUAACAGCGCUGCUUUCACUUCAGCUGCAGGAGAUUGUCUUAUAGAAGUGGAUUAAAUCACGACUUCAAAUAUAGCCAUUUCAAUGUUAUAACAGGGAGUUAUUUGACACGACAGGGGCAAUGUUUCACCUGCAAUGUGUUGCAGUGCACUGUAUUGUUUUCGUACCUGAACACCACGGAUUCAGGCGCUCAACAGGGUUCCUGGAAUGCGUAAAGCUACAAAGACAGAAAAUGAGAUUCUCGCAGUAUUUUCAAUAUAAAAUGUCUUCUUUGCGCUCCUUUGUUGAAAGCUGCAUUCCUAAAUUCACUAUCUGACAAAUGUAAUAGGACCUGUGAGAUCUGAGGAAAAAAUUGAAUGCCGUUUUCUUUGUGCUGCACAGUGUGGAGGUAUGAAUAAAGGUGUCACUUUUGGAUGAAAUGGGUCGUUAAUAUGGUGAAAUAUCCUGGUUUAGAGGUAAUUAAUUAGCUCUUAAGUUGCGCGCGUUUGUCUCAGAAGACUGUGAAAUAAUGACCAAGAAUGACAGACGUAUUAUUUACCAGCUAGACUAGUCAUUCAGAUUCCUGCAGAAAACUAUUAACCGACCCAAAGAAAAUGUCUUUCUCUAUCAACUGCAAAGAAAGAAAACCUUUUUGAAGGCAUGUGCAUAAUAGAAAUUUGAAAGCAGCGCUCAAUCAUUACAGUAUAACAUGGUGCUGGUCUGUGUGAAGGAUGUCAGAUUCUCAUGUCACCCUCGUAAAAUUGCUUUUUACAGUUUGAUCGGAAACAAACACGGAUGUCAUUUUAUAGGCCACCGGCAGUGCUCCUCCUCAUUUUCCUCAACCAAAGGAGCAGAUACUGGUCCUUCUGCUGCGUUGAAGUCCUUCUACGUCCAGCUCUCCUUAUAGAAUCAGAGAAUUCCUGAUUAUCUCUUCCACAGUCUUGAGACUUAACUUAAGCUCUCCUAAGAGUGAUAGCUGAAAUCA